AUGGAUUCUGAAACUAUUACUUCCUCCUCAACUCAAUCGUCCCUUGGCCUUCCACUUCCUCCCCCAACCGUUUCAAACAUCAAAGGAUUUGUUCCCAUUGAGUUAACCUAUUUGAACUACUUAACAUGGAAGAAAGUUUUUCUUACUGUGUUAAAGAGUCACAAUCUUCUUUCCAUUAUUGAUGGCUCUAUUCCAUAUCCUUCAGUUGAUCAUCCUGAAUUCAAGCUAUGGACUCAGUGUGAUACAAUUACAAUGAGUUGGAUUAAUGCAACCCUUUCUCCACCCGUCCUUGAUACUCUUCUCAAUUUUUCUUGUGAAACAUCCAAGGAUGCUUGGGAUACUUUGGCAUCCUUGUAUCUUGACCAAGUGUCCUCCUAG